AUGGAGGGCCAACGAGGCAGUAAUUCUUCAUUGAGCUCUGGCAAUGGCAACGAAGUCGCCGCCGACGUGUCUUCUUCUUGCUUUUAUGUUCCCAACCCCUCUGGUACCGACUUCGAUGCUGAAUCGUCUUCUCUUCCCCCUCUCUCCCCAGCUCCGCAAGUGGCGUUGUCAAUUCCUGCAGAGCUCGCUGCCGCCAUUCCCCUCAUCGAUCGCUUCCAGGAUCCCAUCCCCACAUCCCUGCUCAAGAUAAACAGCGAUCUCGUCAGCCGUGCUACCAAGUUGUUUCAUCUCAUCUUAAAGUAUAUGGGCGUUGAUUCCUCUGAUCGAUCAACUCCUCCCAGUUUAGAUGAACGCAUUGACCUUGUUGGAAAGCUUUUCAAGAAAACUUUGAAACGUGUUGAACUCAGGGACGAACUUUUUGCCCAAAUCUCCAAACAGACUAGACAUAACCCUGACAGACAUACCACCCCCGGCCGUGAAGAAAUAGAAGCCCUUUUGACCGCUAGAAAGCUCACAACCAUAGUCUUCUUUCUUGAUGAAACUUUUGAAGAAAUAUCAUAUGACAUGGCUACAACAGUGUCUGAUGCUGUUGAGGAGCUAGCUGGGACAAUUAAACUAUCAGCUUUCUCUAGCUUCAGUUUGUUUGAAUGUCGUAAAGUUGUUUCAAGUUCGAAAUCAUCUGAUCCCGGAAAUGAGGAAUAUAUUGGAUUGGAUGAUAACAAGUAUAUUGGAGAUCUCCUCGCAGAAUUCAAAGCUAUAAAAGAUAGAAAUAAAGGAGAGAUACUUCACUGCAAACUGGUAUUUAAAAAAAAAUUAUUUCGAGAGUCUGAUGAAGCUGUAACAGAUCUGAUGUUUGUGCAACUUUCCUAUGUACAACUUCAACAUGACUAUUUGCUAGGAAACUAUCCUGUUGGAAGGGAUGAUGCUGCUCAGCUUUGUGCCUUGCAAAUUCUUGUGGGGAUUGGGUUUGUCAAUAGUCCAGAGUCAUGCAUUGAUUGGACAUCACUUCUGGAGCGGUUUUUACCGAGACAAAUAGCAAUAACCCGAGCGAAGCGUGAAUGGGAAUUGGAUAUCCUUGCUCGCUACCGUUCAAUGGAGAACGUGACCAAAGAUGAUGCAAGGCAACAAUUUCUACGGAUAUUGAAGGCACUGCCAUAUGGGAAUUCCGUGUUUUUUAGCGUACGCAAGAUAGAUGAUCCGAUUGGCCUUUUACCUGGACGAAUUAUUUUGGGUAUCAACAAACGUGGGGUUCACUUUUUCCGACCGGUUCCUAAAGAGUACCUGCACUCAGCUGAAUUACGUGACAUAAUGCAAUUUGGCAGCAGUAACACUGCAGUCUUUUUCAAAAUGAGAGUCGCUGGUGUUCUUCACAUAUUUCAGUUUGAGACAAAACAGGGAGAAGAAAUCUGUGUUGCUUUACAAACACAUAUAAAUGAUGUCAUGUUGCGUCGUUACUCCAAAGCUCGAUCUGCUGCCAAUAGCUUGGUUAAUGGAGAUAUAUCAUGCAGUUCUAAGCCGCAAAAUCUUGAACUAUAUGAAAAACGUGUGCAAGAUUUGUCUAAAGCUUUUGAAGAGUCCCAGAAGAAGAUUGAUAAGUUGAUGGAUGAACUGCAAGAGAAAAGUCAGCAAGAAGUUAUUCUGCGUGAAGAGGUAGAAGCUAUACGCAAUAGCUUAGAGCUUGAAAGGAAAAAUUUGAUGGAGGUUAUCUUAGACCGUGAUAAACUUAAGUCAUUGUGUGACGAGAAGGGGACGACUAUUCAGACCUUGAUGUCUGAACUGCGAGGAAUGGAAGUAAAGUUGGCGAAGUCGGCCAACACAAAAUCAAGUAAAGAGACAAAAUCAGAAUUAACGGAAAUGAAUAAUCAGAUAUUACACAAGAUCCAAAACGAGUUAGAAAUUCGAAAUAAGGAAUUGCAUGUUGCAGUUGAGAAUUCAAAGAAGUUGUUGAGUGAGAACAAGAUACUGGAGCAAAGUAUUUUCAGUAUUGAAAAUAAGAAAACAGAGGAGGUUGAAAUUCACCAAAAGAGAUAUGAACAAGAAAGAAAGGUGUUAAAACUUCGAGUUUCUGAACUUGAAAAUAAGCUGGAAGUCCUUACUAAAGACUUGGAUACUGCUGAGUCUACGAUUGAAAGUAAGAAUUCUGACAUGCUGCUGUUGCAGAAUAACUUGAAAGAACUUGAGGAGCUAAGAGAAAUGAAGGAGGACAUUGACAGAAAGAAUGAGCAAACAGCUGCGAUUUUGAAGAUGCAAGGAGCCCAACUUGCUGAGCUAGAGAUACUUUACAAGGAAGAACAAGUUCUAAGGAAAAGAUACUACAAUACCAUAGAAGAUAUGAAGGGGAAAAUUAGAGUUUAUUGUCGUAUAAGACCUCUAAAUGAAAAAGAGAGUUCAGAGAGGGAAAAACAAAUGCUGACAACUGUGGAUGAGUUUACAGUCGAACAUCCAUGGAAAGACGACAAAAGAAAGCAACACAUAUAUGAUCGAGUGUUUGACAUGCGUGCUAGCCAAGAUGAUGUCUUCGAAGACACAAAGUAUUUGGUACAGUCAGCUGUAGAUGGUUAUAACGUUUGCAUCUUCGCAUAUGGUCAAACUGGUUCUGGAAAAACUUUCACAAUAUAUGGGCAUGAGAACAAUCCUGGACUCACACCCCGAGCAACAAAGGAACUUUUCAAAAUAUUAAAGCGAGAUAGCAACAGAUUUUCAUUUUCUUUGAAGGCAUACAUGGUGGAACUUUAUCAAGACACACUUGUGGACCUUCUGCUACCAAAAACUGCAAAACGUUUUAAACUAGAGAUUAAAAAAGAUUCUAAGGGUAUGGUCUUUGUAGAGAAUGUGACAACUAUUCCUAUAUCAACGUUGGAGGAACUCCGAAUGAUUAUUGAACGGGGAUCUGAACGACGACAUGUCUCUGGAACAAAUAUGAAUGAAGAAAGCUCAAGAUCUCACCUAAUACUUUCGGUAGUUAUUGAAAGUAUUGAUCUUCAAACCCAAUCUGCUGCAAGGGGCAAGUUGAGUUUUGUGGAUCUUGCUGGUUCUGAGAGGGUAAAAAAGUCAGGCUCUGCUGGUUGCCAACUCAAAGAAGCUCAAAGUAUCAACAAAUCACUUUCUGCAUUAGGUGAUGUUAUUGGUGCUUUAUCUUCUGGAAACCAGCAUAUACCUUACAGAAAUCACAAGUUAACGAUGUUGAUGAGUGAUUCAUUGGGCGGCAAUGCAAAGACGUUAAUGUUUGUCAAUGUGUCUCCAGCCGAAUCAAAUUUGGAUGAGACAUACAAUUCUCUUUUAUAUGCAUCGAGGGUGAGAACAAUCGUGAAUGAUCCCAGCAAACAUAUAUUAUCCAAAGAGAUGGUGCGUUUGAAAAAGUUGGUAGCAUACUGGAAAGAGCAGGCCGGUAAAAAAACUGAAGAAGAAGAUUUGGUGGAAAUCGAGGAAGAUCGAACACCAAGGAAUGAAGCAGAUAGUUGAAGAAAGUUACAUGUAAUACAUGUAGGUGAAAUUGAGACGAUAAUUUCAUUAAUUUUGGUUGUCACCAUUCUUUUUGUAGGAAGUUACUACUCUGAAGUAGUCUUUUGAAGAGUGAUGCUAUAUGUCUCAAAGUUUCUCUUUUCUUGAGAUCUUAAUUAGAGGGAAAACAAAUCGUAGAUAAUACCAUACAAAGCCAGUGAACAGUAUACAUACAAGAACGAAAGUGAAUCAGUAAAAAAUAACAUAAAAUGUCCUCUGGG